CCUUGUUUUCCUUUUUAAGGAAAGAGAGGUCCCUAGCUUUCAGCCAACAUGCUUAACCAGGUGUCGCCCUAAGUGGUUGCAGCCUUGGGUUGGUUUUGAGCGACAAGAUCAAACAGCCAAAAUGUCUGCAACGCUAGAUUUGGAAAAAGGAUGCACGGUGGAUGAAUUGCUACACGGAUGCAUUGAAGCCUUUGAUGAUGAGGGCAAGGUUCGGGACCCCCAGCUGGUCCGCAUGUUUCUCAUGAUGCAUCCGUGGUACAUCCCGUCUUCGGAGCUGGCUGCGAAACUGCUUCAGAUUUACCAAGAGUCUCGUGGGUCAAAAAACAGCUCCUUGCCGGUGAAAACUUGCCAUCUAGUCAGGUACUGGAUCUCAGCUUUCCCUGCAGAAUUUGACCUCAACCCAGAACUGGCCGAGCAGAUCAAAGAGUUGAAGGAACUUCUCGGACGGGAAGGGAGCCGCCGACACAGCAACCUUAUUGAUAUCGAGAGCGUCCCAACUUACAAGUGGAAGAGACAAGUUACACAACGCCACCCCGUGGCACAGAAGAAGCGCAAGAUGUCACUGCUUUUUGACCACCUGGAGUCGGGGGAGCUGGCAGAACAUCUCACCCACCUUGAAUACCACUCCUUCAGCAAAAUCCUGUUCCAGGACUACCACAGUUUUGUUAUGCACGGCUGCACGGUGGACAAUCCCAUCCUGGAGAGAUUCAUCACCCUCUUCAACAGUGUCUCCCAGUGGAUUCAACUCAUGGUGCUUAGCAAACCCACCGCUCAGCAGCGGGCCCAAGUCAUCACACGCUUUGUCAUGGUGGCCCAG